AUGCUUCAAAACUAUGUCCGAGCUCCCCUUUUAUAUGAUAUCCAAUUGCUUUCACAUAUUAGCUUAAGCGAUGUGGUAGAAAGAGGCUUCUAA